AUGGCAAGAAGAUCACUGCCUUUGUGCCCCGAGAUGGUUGCCUCAAACUACAUUGAAGAAAAUGACGAAGUGCUCAUUGCCGGGUUCGGUCGGAAGGGUCACGCCGUCGGUGACAUCCCUGGUGUACGAUUCAAGGUGGUGAAAGUGGCCAAUGUGUCCCUGCUGGCCUUGUACAAGGAGAAGAAGGAGCGAUCUCGGUCCUGAAAAAGGAUGUGCUUUUUAUGUGGUUCAGUGAAUCUUCCGCGCAAUGUUUCCUUCUUGAAUAAUGAAGAAGAAGAAAAAAUAACGAAGGAAGUGAUCACAUAAAAACGCGCAGGUUCCAUGAACCCAUUUUUCUCUAGUGUUUGACAAUUUAUUUAUCUUUAAAUCUUGGUGCAUGCAGUACAGUGAGACCCUCAUAUGUGUAUGUAAUGGUGCAUCAAGAGUGUCCCCAA